GGUACCCUUUUACCGAACAUGAUUCCAUUCAUUGGUGCGUUUUUGUAGUUGGCAUGGCUCACUUCAAUCAUAGAAAACAAAAUCGCCGCCAUGCAAACCAACCAGACAGUAAAUUUCAAGAAUCCAAGAUGCGCGCAGUUGUUGUUUUUUGCCUCAUCGCCAUGAUCAUUUGUCUGAUCACUCCAACUGAAGGGAACUACAGGAAGCCACCUUUCAAUGGAUCCAUUUUUGGAAAACGAGGAAAUACAGAAAACGAUGCAACUGAAAGGGCCAUGUCAGCGCUCUGCGAAAUUGCUUCCGAGACUUGCCAAAUGUGGUUCUCCCAGACAUCAGAAAACAAGAAAUAAAAUGUGUAUAAUGUCUUAUGUUUCACGCAAUGAAAGUCUUAAUAUCCUUCAAGUUUUUGCAGUGUGAUUUUAAAUUGAAUGAAUAAAUCGAU